AUGUCAUCUACCAACCACAAUCCAUCUUCAGGAAUAUCUUCAGGUGUUCACGUACUCAACAACAAUGACCUCAAUGCGGCCCAAUCUAAAAUUGAAGAAAUUGCCGAUGAUGAUGUUGCAACUGAUGCCAAUGGAGAAGAGAUUGCAUUUUUAGAUGUAUAUGUUCGUUUCAAUUCGGAUUCUGAAAGAGAUUAUUGUUUCCAAAUUAAUACCAAGACGACAUUUGGUGAUCUAUUCAAGAUUUUCAAAACAUUGCCAAUUGCUUUAAGACCUAGUGUUUUUUAUCAUUCACAACCAAUUGGUUUCCAGAAAUCAACUGCUCCUGGUUACAUGACUGAAGAUGGGAAUUUCUUAUUUGAGGAUGAUGCAGCUAAACAAGUUUCAACAAUUAUUCCCAAUGAAGAAUUGAUUAAUGUUCAUGUAUGGCCGGGACAAUUGAUUUUACCAGUUUGGAAAUUUGAUUAUUUUACUUGGUAUUUUAUUCUUGGAUUAUUGGCAGUCUGGUUGUACACUGAUUUACCUGACUUUAUUAGUCCUACUCCAGGUAUUUGUUUGACUAAUUGGGCUACUAAAUUCAUGGCUUAUGUUGCUAAAUCGACUGGAUUUGUCAACGUUGAACGUGCAUUGCUUAAGGAUUUGGAAGAUCCAGUGGAUAUCUUGUUGCAAUGUUUCUUCUUCACCAUCCAUAUUGUUAAAGUUGUUGUCAUCUUUUUAUUCUUAUACACCGGUGCAUUCAAUCCAAUGAAAUUAUUCCGUUUACCAGGAAGUGUUAAAUUGAAUGUUAGUCAAGAUGAAUUGGUCGAAUUGGGAUGGACAGGAACUAGAAAAGCUACUAUUGACGAAUACAAGGAUUUCUAUAGAGAAACCAAGAUUAAAGAACACGGAGGAAUGGUACCUGCUCAUCAAAAGGGUUUGUUCAACACCAUUAGACAUUUGGGUGUCCAUUUAAAACAAGGUGAAGGUUACAAUACUCCCUUGACCAAAGAAUAUAUGGAAAAAACCAUGAGACAAUUGGAAAAAGAAGCCAAAGAAAACCCCAAGGAUUUCAAGUUACAUUUGAAUUAUGAAUGGUUUGCUGGUUUAGGUCAUACAUUUGCUAAAUUUGCUGAAGGAUUGGAUACAAAACAAACGGCUGAUUUGAUUAAGCAAUUUAGAAGAUACGGAUUAUUUUAUAGUGAUUCAAUUUUCAGUGGUAUUAUUAGUGCUAGAAAACAUCAAGACCCUCAAAUUGCUCAAGAUAUUGCCGAUUUACCACAACCCAAGAAGAAGGAGGAGCAAGAAGAAGAAGAAAAGGCCAAAGAACCUACUGAAGCUCAAAUUAAGGAGACUAUCGACGCAGCUAUUAAAAAGACUAAAGAAGAAUUAAAUUAA